UUGUUAUGCUGGCUUUCAAAGAUACAGGUAGCUUACUUCAGAUCCGAAGAAAAUGCUAAGAAAACUAAGAGCAGAUACAUACGAAUCAAACAGACUAUACAAAUACUAGUAGUGCUAUAGCCACUAUAUUUACUACUGCCACUACACCCCCACCACUUGAUUUUUCUUUUCUUUUUCUUUUUCUUUCAGUGUUAAAGCCUUUUCCUGUUGUUUCUGUGUGUGCUUUUUGGACUCUUGCAUAAUCCAAAAAGCUUCCUUCUUUCUCUCUCUCUGCUGAUGGGUUUUUAUCUGCUUCUUUGUCAGCCAUCGAUUUUUUGAUUGAAUCUUUUGAACUGCUUAAAGAUUCAUUUUCAGCUUCCCUUUUAUCUAUUUUGUUCUCCCUCUCUCGUGGGAAUUUUUUUUUGUUUCUUUUGGAGGUCCUAUAUAUAUAUAUAUGUACACACACACAUACAUGUAUGUAUGUAUGAUUGGAGAAGCCUUUUCUGCUAAGCUUUGCGCAAAAUUUGGAGCUUCUUCGCUUUAGUUACUGAUUUUUCGGGUUGAAGAUGAAACAAAGAUUGCAUUAUGUGGAUCUUUGAUUUCUCUCUUCAACAAAGGAAGGGACAAAGAUGGUGCUCUAACUUUUAGUGGGAUUGAACAGUUUAUGUGUUGGAAAGACUGGGUUUUCGUCACCAACUUUGACGAUUUGUUGUUCUAGAAAGAUAAAGAAAUUAUUCUUCUUAUUUGUUGCGUCUCCACAACUAUUUGGGUUUAGGCUGUUGUUAGAAUGAUGAUGGAAAGAUGGGAAUUAAGAGUAGUGAAAGUUUUGGGAUUUGAAAAGUUUCAAGUUUUAUUUGGAUUAUAAUUUGUUUGUAUCCUCCAAUUCCCUCAAUACUUCAACACCAAGAUUCGUCCGUCGAAAUUCUUCUCUGUAUUCGUCAUAUGUGUUGUAUAAGGACAAAUCACCAAAGACAAUAAAGGGGAUUUGCUUUUAUUAUUUUUAAGUGAAAUGAUUACUUUUAUGGAAGCUAAAGAGAGAGUGAAGGAGGUGGAGAAAUGCUUAGACUCUCAGCUAUGGCAUGCCUGCGCUGGUGGAAUGGUCCAAAUGCCGGCGGUGAACUCCAAGGUCUUCUACUUCCCUCAAGGCCACAUCGAGCACGCCUCUAGUCCUGUGGAUUUCAGGAACUUCCCUCGUGUCCCUCCUUAUAUCCUCUGUAGGGUCUCAUCUGUUAAAUUCAUGGCUGAUCCUGAAACCGACGAGGUCUAUGCAAAGAUGAAGUUGUCUCCAAUUACCGGCAGUGAGCCUGGUUUAGAGGAAGAAGAUGAACGUGUAAUUAAUGGAGGAGAAGGGCAAGAGAAUAAGCCGGCUUCCUUCGCUAAGACAUUGACCCAAUCGGAUGCUAACAAUGGAGGAGGUUUCUCCGUUCCAAGAUACUGUGCAGAGACCAUUUUUCCGCGGCUGGAUUACUCGGCAGAUCCGCCUGUACAGACCAUUCUUGCUAAGGACGUUCAUGGGGAGACAUGGAAGUUUAGGCAUAUUUACAGAGGAACCCCAAGGAGGCAUCUUUUAACUACUGGGUGGAGCACGUUUGUGAAUCAUAAGAAGCUAGUGGCAGGUGAUUCCAUAGUGUUUUUGAGGGCAGAGAAUGGAGAUCUUUGUGUUGGGAUUCGAAGAGCUAAGAGGGGAAUUGGAGGAGGUCCUGAGUCUUCCUGGAAUCCUGCAGGUGGGAACUGUGUUAUGCCUUAUGGGGGGUUCAGUUCCUUUUUCAGAGAUGAAGAGAAUAAGCUAUUGAGAAAUGGAAAUGGGAAUGGUAAUAGUUCCGGUGGGAAUGGAGGUUUGAUGGGGAAGGGGAAAGUGAGGCCUGAAUCAGUUAUUGAAGCAGCUACUCUUGCUGCAAAUGGACAACCUUUUGAGGUUGUUUACUACCCUCGAGCUAGUACUCCUGAGUUCUGUGUGAAGGCGUCUUUGGUAAAAAUAGCUUUGCAGAUCCGUUGGUGUUCUGGGAUGAGGUUUAAGAUGGCCUUUGAAACCGAGGAUUCUUCGAGGAUUAGUUGGUUCAUGGGAACUAUUUCUUCUGCUCAAGUUGCUGAUCCUCUUCAAUGGUCGGAUUCACCAUGGAGGCUUCUCCAGGUUACUUGGGAUGAACCAGAUUUGCUUCAAAAUGUGAAACGUGUUAGCCCGUGGCUAGUUGAAUUGGUAUCAAACAUGCCCGCCAUCCAUCUCUCCCCAUUCUCACCACCAAGGAAGAAGUUAAGAUUCCCACAACACCCUGAUUUUCCCCUUGAUGGUCAAUUUCCGAUUCCAUCGUUUUCCGGCAACCUCCUUGGGCCCAGCAGCCCCUUUGGUUGUCUACCAGACAGCACUCCUGCUGGCAUGCAGGGAGCCAGGCAUGCUCAUUGUGGUCUACCUUUAUCGGAUCUCCACCUCAGUAAACUGCAGACGGGUUUACUUCCGGCUGGUUUCCCGCCACUACUUGAUCAUGUUGCUACUCAUACUAGAACCUCAAAUAGUCCUAUGAUUCAAAAGCCUAGCAUGAGUGAGAACGUGUCUUGUGUGCUAACCAUGUCACAUUCUACUCAGACUUCAAAGAAAACUAAUGAUACAAAGACACCCAAGCUUGUACUGUUCGGUCAACCUAUACUCACCGAGCAGCAAAUCUCUCUUAGUUGCUCUGGUGGUGAUACAUUGUCACCGGUUCAUACUGGAAAUAGUUCAUCUGAAGGAAAUUUAGAUAAAAUGGCAAAUUUUUCUGAUGGCUCUGGAUCUGCUGCUCUUCAUCAGCAAAGCUUACCGGAGCGCUCAUCAUGUGAAGGUUUCCAAUGGUUUAAGAAUAACUCCCGAGAAAAUGAGACCUCCUUGGAGACUGGUCACUGCAAAGUCUUCAUGGAGUCGGAGGAUGUGGGUCGCACUCUGGACCUCUCAUUGCUCAGGUCUUAUGAAGAAUUAUACAGAAAACUAGCAGACAUGUUUUCUAUAGAAAAUUCCGAGACACUAAACAAUGUGCUUUACCGUGAUGUUACAGGCGCUGUCAAACACAUUGGGGGUGAACCAUUCAGUGAUUUCAUGAAAACAGCAAGGAGACUGACAGUUCUAAUGGAUUCAAGCAGUGACAAUGUAGGAUUGUAGAGUAGAAAUAAACUUUUGUUUCAAACUGUAUAGCUGGAUGAUCGAAUCGAAUCCUUCCCCUCCUUCUCGAGCUGACCUUUUUUUCCUUCUUCAACCUGUGGGGGGAGCUUCUGUGAUAGUUCAUUCAGCAUAUUGUUGGGUAUUGUUUCUUUUGUUUUUUUUUUCCUCUUUUUUGAUAGGCAAGUCCUGCAAAUACAAGUCUUUUGUAGGACAAGGUCUUUGUAACAAAGUUUCUUUUUUCGCCUUUUUGGAAUAUGCAUUGAAGCCUUCUGGUAAUUCCAAGUGGAUUUUGAGCAAGAAACCAUUUUGUUCUGCAUUUGGAGGUUGACCUUGUGCAAAAAUAUGUUUAUUUAUAAUGAAAUCGAUUUCAGGC